CCUCCCCUCGCCCGACACGCCCCGCGCUGAGACCAGCGGAAGCAGCUGCGGUGGAGCUGGGUGCUGGGUCGGCCGGCGGGAAGGUCUCUGGCUCGGAGGGAUUGACUUGACUGAACCUCUGAAAAUUGGGUUCUUGGAUUCCUAGUACCAUGUCAGCUGGCAGAGUCCGAACGAAGAAAAAGGUCACUGCUUUAGAUCAAGCACCUGAUAAUCUUCCAUUGAGAAGUUCAGGGAGACAGGUGAGGAGAAAGGCAGCAGAGGUAGCCGAGGAGGAUGAAGAAAUAUUGGAGAAGAAAUACCGGAAAUGUGAAAAAGCAGGGUGUACUGCAACUUGCCCGGUCUGCUUUGCUAGCGCCGCCGAAAGGUGUGCUAAAAAUGGCUAUACAUCAAGGUGGUAUCAUCUAUCCUGUGGGGAACAUUUCUGUAAUGAAUGCUUUGAUCAUUACUACAGAAGUCAUAAAGAUGGUUAUGAAAAAUACACCGCAUGGAAAAGGAUCUGGACUAGUAAUGGAAAAAGUGAACCCAGUCCAAAAGCUUUUAUGGCUGAUCAACAGCUUCCUUAUUGGGUUCAGUGCACAAAGGCGGAGUGUGGGAAGUGGCGUCAAUUGACAAAGGAAAUUCAACUUACCUCACAAAUAGCCAAAGCAUAUCGCUGUGGCAUGAAACUGAACAAUUCUGCUAAGGUGGAAGGUUCAGACCAGUGCGCCAUGCCUGAGGAUCUGAGAGUUGCUGAAGUUUCAGAUCACUGGUGGUAUUCCAUGCUUAUCCUCCCUCCCCUGUUGAAGGACAGCGUGGCUGCUCCACUGCUGUCUGCAUACUACCCAGACUGUGUGGGUAUGAGCCCCUCUUGUACUAGUACUCACCGAUCGGUUAGCGAAUCCAGUCCGAUGAAAAUGGACAACUUAAAGACUCCACCUUCCAUAGCUGGGAUGAACAAAUAUUUCCAGCCUUUCUAUCAGCCCAAUGAAUGUGGUAAAGCCUUGUGUGUGAGGCCAGACGUCAUGGAAUUAGAUGAACUCUAUGAGUUUCCAGAAUAUUCCCGGGACCCCACCAUGUAUUUAGCAUUGCGAAAUCUCAUUCUGGCUUUGUGGUACACAAACUGCAAAGAACCUCUAACCCCUCAGAAAUGUACUCAUCACAUAAUUGUUCGAGGACUUGUACGCAUUCGCUGUGUUCGGGAGACAGAAAGAAUUCUUCAUUUUAUGACCAGGAAAGGUCUGAUUAAUACAGGAGUUUUGUCAGUUAAUUCAGACCAAGCCCUGCUUCCCAAAGACUACCACAAUAAAUCUGUAAUUGUGGUUGGAGCUGGCCCAGCAGGAUUAGCAGCUGCAAGACAACUUCAAAAUUUUGGAAUUAAAGUCCUUGUGCUGGAAGCAAAGGAUAGAAUUGGUGGACGAGUCUGGGAUGAUAAGACUUUCAAGGGGAUCAUUGUGGGGAAAGGAGCUCAGAUUGUGAAUGGCUGUAUCAAUAAUCCUAUAGCACUAAUGUGUGAGCAAUUGGGCAUUAAAAUGCACAAAAUUGGAGAGAAGUGUGAUUUGAUCCAGGAAGGUGGAAGAAUAACUGAUCCUGCAAUAGAUAAGCGCAUGGAUUUUCAUUUCAAUUCUAUCCUUGAUGUUGUGGCAAAUUGGAGAAAAGAUAAAAGUCAACAUCACGACAUUCCUCUUGGAGAUAAAAUUCAAGAAAUCUAUAAAGUUUUUAUUCAGGAAUCUGGUAUCCAGUUCAAUGAACUAGAGGAAAAAGUGCUGCAGUUCCAUGUUAGCAAUUUGGAAUAUGCCUGUGGCAGUAACCUCCAUGAAGUUUCUGCACGGUCUUGGGAUCAUAAUGAAUUUUUUGCGCAGUUUGCUGGUGACCACACCUUAUUGAGUUCAGGUUACUCAGCCCUAACUGAAAAAUUAGCUGAAGGCUUGGAUAUUCGGUUAAAUGUUCCAGUCUGUAGCAUUGAUUACUCAGGAGAAGCAAUCAAAGUGACCACAAAGGAUGGAGCUCUGUGGACAGCACAAAAGGUUCUGGUUGCUGUACCUUUAACUAUUCUUCAAAAACCAGCAAUUCAGUUCAAUCCAGGUUUAUCAGAUAGAAAAAUGAAAGCGAUCAAUAGUUUAGGAGCUGGAGUCAUUGAGAAGAUUGCACUACAGUUUCCUUACAGAUUCUGGGAGAGCAAAAUUCAAGGAGCUGAUUACUUUGGCCAUAUUCCACCUAAUUCAAGCAAACGUGGGCUCUUCAGUGUUUUUUACGACAUGGAUCCACAGCGUAAAUGCAGUGUUCUAAUGUCUGUAAUAACUGGAGAUGCUGUGCGAACAAUAAGGAAAUUAGAAGACAAGGAAGUGCUGCAACAGUGCAUGACUGUACUUCGGGAAUUGUUUAAGGAACAGGAGGUGCCAGAUCCAGUCAAAUAUUUCAUUACAAGAUGGAGCAAAGAUCCUUGGAUCCAAAUGGCAUAUAGUUUUGUAAAGACAGGGGGCAGCGGUGAAGCAUAUGAUAUACUUGCUGAAGACAUACAGGGAAAAAUCUUCUUCGCUGGAGAGGCCACAAACCGGCACUUCCCACAGACAGUUACAGGAGCCUACUUGAGUGGUGUUCGAGAAGCAAGCAAAAUAUCAGCGUUUUGAAUACUAAAGUUUACAUUUUAAAACAAAUCCAAAUCCACAUGGUGCUCAAAUUUGUGAAGACAAAAGUGAUUUCAUUGUUUAUGCCUUGAAGAUGCACUUCACACACAUCAUCCCUUAUUUUUUCACUAGGAAGUCUGUAUUAUGAAAGAUGGAAUUGUAAUGAACCUUAAAUAAUAGUAGAUGGACUGUCAAAUAGCUCAUAAGUAGUUGGAUAUUUCUUCAAAAGAAUAGUAGGUUUCUCUAAUCAUGUAUAGGGUGAGGAAAAAUGUCUAAGAACUGAUUAGAAAUACAAACAUGGGGGCCUUUGGUACUAUUCAGUUCUAUAGUAUGCAUAAACAAUCAACUUUCAUUAUUGACCUGCAAAAAAUAACAUAAAAAGUACUGUAUGAAGCUAGUAUUUGUUCAUGUAAAUGGCCUAAUAAAAAUAUUAUAUGGACAUUUCCUUUCUGUGCACUUAGUUUUAAUAAUCAAAACUUUAAUUAAAGAAAUAUAAUAGAAAUAGGCAACCCUGAAAAAUAAGUUUGGCUUAAAAUUGGGGUUGGUUUGUUUUUGAAAAGUUAAAUGAUAUGACAUCAUCCAGAAGCAAAUUUAAGAUGACAUAAUAACGUGUUGUACAGUGACAAUUUCAGUAUGUCAGCAUCAGCACCUUUUCUUUAUUUUUCAAAAACAUUGCUUAGAUGUAUUUUAAAACCGUUUGCUACAAACAUGCAAUAUGCAAUAUUUUCUAAAUAUAUAAUGGAACGGCUUGUCUCCUGGAAUUUUGAGUGCUCUAUCGCUGGAGAAUUUUCAAGAAAAAUUGCACAACAAUUUGUCCAAGAUGGUAUUACGACUCCUGCCUUGGGCAGGGGGCUUGUCUAGAAGACCUCCAGGGUCCCAUCCAGUCUUGUGAUUCUAUGAAGACAUGAAGAGUACUCUGAUUUACACAGUACAGACUGGAAAAGAAUUACUGUUUUAAAAUAGACAAGUUUUAAUAUUGUAAAUAUUGCUAAAUUAAAUGGACUAUAAUAAUGAAAUCGUAUAUAAAGAAAAAACAAAAUAAAUAUGAUUUCUGGAAAUUUUCUCUGAUCUAAAAUGCUCAAAGUAUGUGAAUAUUUAUCUAAAGCAGUUUAGCUAUGUUUUUUUUACCUAAACUUAUUUUCUUACUUAUUGAUACUUAUUAAUCCUUUUAUGUGAAGUUUUUAACAAAUAACAAAUGUACUAGCAAAUAAAGGAAACACAUCUUAAACCCAAAUGAUAUAAUGUGGAAUAUUUACAUAGUGAGGAAUAGGCGUCUGUAGGUACUUUAUUGUCAUUAAUGUGGAACUCCUGCUUUAAAUAUUGAAUCACUGUAUAAAUUGUUGGUACAAGGAAAGAUCAGAUAUAUUUUUCACAUUUAUUUAAAUGAGCUAAAAUAUCCAGGAAAAAAUCCCAAUUUUUUUUUGAAACUUGCUCAUUUAUUUACAUAUACCAACUUAUGUCUUGUAAAACAUUUUGAAGCAUUUACUACUGAUCGUAAGUAAAGUGACUUAAUAGCAAUAUAGUAACUGAAAAAAAAAUGCUCAUCUAUGUUAACAGGUAUAGUUUCGAAUUACAACAAUUGAACCCCAAAAGACAUUUGUUAAGUGAGUUUUGCCCCAUUUUACUACUUUUCUUGCCACAGCGAAGUGAAUCCCUGCAGUUAAUUUAAUGUUAAGUGAAUCUGGCUUCCCCACUGACUUUGCUUGGUAGGUUACAAAAAGUGAUCACAUGACCCCAGGGCAUUCAACUCUCAUAAAUACAUACCGCUUGCCAAGUAUCUUGAGUUUUCAUCACAUGAUUGUGAUGCUGCAGUGGUCAUGUGUGAAAAGAGUCAUAAGUCACUUUUUUCAGUCCUAUUGUAAUUGAACGGUCACCAAACAAAUGGUUGUAAUGGUUGUAUUCAGUGUCUGCAUAUAAUAUGUGACUUUGUACCUGUUCUCUGCUUGUUGUUUGGAAAAUAGAAACAGUAUAAGAAGUCAACCAGCUUCUUAGAUAUCUAAAGAAAACCUGGCAUUAAUUCAUAAAAAUAGAAGACUAAAGACUAGAGAGGGACUAGAAAACAGUUGGAUAUAGUAGUACUUGAGCAUACUGGUGUAACCAUGUAAGGUAGCUUUCAUUUUUUUUUGUUUAAGUAUAAUUUGCCUGUAGCUCCAAACUGAACAUUUAUCAUUGUUUGCUGACCAAACAGUCAAAUGAAUGAAAUAUGAUUUUUGUUUCUCUUAGAAUGACAUACUUAAAAGCCAAGAUUAUAAAUCAACUUGAAGUCCUGAUUUUAAUUAAUCCUAUAACUUGCUUAAACAAUUAUACAUUAUAACUAUUAAAGUAAAGGAUAUAAUUGAGAAAUAGGGUAAGAGUCUAAUGAUUUCCUAUGAUAGCUCACAGUUCCUUAGAAAUAUUUGGAUAAUUAAUCAUUAAUAUUCUUUUUUAUUCUUUAGAAUAAUUGUUGCUUAGGGAAAUGUAUACUCAUUGUCUACACAAAAAUAAAGUUCUUAAAAAUUUUCUUCAUUUAGCAUGAACAAGGAAUAUUUUGUCUAGAUGACACACACAGGCACUUUUGAUUCUGUAUCAAGUUUACUGUACAUGUAUUAAAAUAUCAGCGUACAUUUUCCUUAAAGACAUUUAUUGAAUAAAAAACGUACAUUCAGCUUAGUAAAAAUGAUUGCGUGCAAAGAAAGUGAUAAAAAUGAUAUAAGUUGAUCAGUUAACAAUAUUUUGGAAUAUAGAUCAAUGAUUCCAUAACUACAUAUUAAUACAUUAUUUAAAACCUGCAAUUAUUUUAAUCAAUACAGUCUUGGAGAAGUUAAUUAUACUUGACUUCACUUUAUGACACAUUUAUUUGGCAUUUGCUGGAAAUUUUAACACAUGAUGAUCUGAUCCCUUAAAGGAUUUUUGUGAACAGGUACUUCAUUCUGGAAUUGAAUAAAAAUUUCAUGAAUAAUUA